UUUCAACCGCAAACGUAUUUCACGCUCGGCUGCCUGACGCAACCAUAGAGAUUGGCCCCAUGUCGCCGAGCGGCAGCGUCGAUUUAAAAAAAAAAAGAGUCGCUCUCCCGAGCCUAUUUGCUUCGUUCAUGGCGGAGGCUGCGCUUUAUGAUGUCAUGGCGGCAGGAAGUUGCAGUGAGAAGGGACCUACCAUUAGGCAAGAUGGCGGCACUGAGGGGUGUGAGGUGUUUGUGGCACCGGUGGCGGCAAGGGCCAGAGAACCUUCUAUUAGUAAAUAGGGCUCUGCAAAAACAAUACAAUUUCCCCUUAAACAAGCAGUUGAUGUGGUUUCAGUUUUCUGGAGCCCAUACAGACAUUCAACAACCCAAGGAAAACUCUUUGGUAUGUGUUUUAGAUGAGCCAGACACACUAUAUAAGAAACUGGCUGUUUUGGUUAAAGGUCACGACAGAGCUGUGUUGGACAGUUAUGAAUAUUUCAUAGUGCUUGCUGCUAAAGAACUUGGCAUUUCUGUUGAAAAGGUAGAAGAGCCACCAAAGAAGAUUGAACGAUUCACUCUUCUGAAAUCAGUGCAUAUUUAUAAGAAGCACAGAGUUCAGUAUGAAAUGAGAACCCAUUACCGCUGUGUAGAGUUAAAGCAUUUAACUAGCAGCACAGCCAGUGUUUAUUUGGAAUACAUCCAACGAAACUUACCUGAGGGGGUUGCUAUGGAAGUUAAAAAGAUUAGAUUAGAAGAGCUUCCUGAACAUAUUAAAACACCUGUGUGGGACACACUGCCUCAAGCAGAAGAAACAGCAAGUCGACCAUGAGCUUACAUUAGUAACUUACACUGAUUCUGAAAGCAAUGAGCCUGUUUUUUUAAAAAAAAUGGCCAAAUUGUUGGAACUGCUAAUCCAGAAGACACUUAAAAAGAAGUCAAGCAAAACAGAUUUCACAAGUAGGUUGUAUACUUGUUUUUAUAGCAUGUUGACCUGUAUAUAUGGAAAAGUUUACAUUAUACUAUUCAAAGCUUCUGUUUGUGCUUACGAAGAGACCCAUAACCUAUACAUUCUAAAAUAAACUUGGAAUAAAAUAGAUUUGUACACUGUUAAAA